AUGGCACCUACGCAGGCUUUCGAGCUUAGCGGUGAAAGCACCAGCACCGCAUCAAGCAUUCAAGGUAUCCUUCUCAUCGUUGUCUCCGUAGUUUCUCUUGGCUUCGUAUGCAUGCUCAUCACCUACUUAAUCACUGUUGGCAAGCGUUGGCGCAAACAGAAGCGCGAGCGCGAGCGCAUCGCAAUCAUUACGAACAACAAACGAAUCCAACCGCUGCCGUCGCCCCCGACCUCCCGUUCCUCGAGCAGCAGUGGCUUCGUGACUGCACCCGGAACAUUGUCCCCUUCCGGCAGCCCCCCUCUCUUGCCCCCUAAGGCACCUGCGAUGGCGAGCAUCAAACUACCGUCGCCGAGGCCGGUGUGCAACCCGUGUCACCUGGGCACGUUUGAGCCCGCAAAGUCGUCAGUGCACGGCGGAGUCAUGAUCAUGCGCGACGGGAGCUGCGGGUGUGGAUGUGGGGAGAUGAUGGACAAAGGCGUGGGCGUUGCCACGCCCAGGAGGAAGACGGAUGCACCUUUCGAGAAUGUACCCCUAGACGGUCCGCCCUCCUAUCGUUGUGAGUAUCUCUCGACUAAUGGUGGUUUUUGA